AUAAAGAAUCAUUGUGAGUAGAAAGAACUCCAUGAGAGAGGCCCUAAAUGUCAUCAGUAAACGUGCCUCGUUUAUUCUACAUAGCACAGGAAACUCACAGAAAGGACACUUUUGAAGACGUGGAUAAUCAGACCUGCCAGCUCAGUAGAUAAGACAGUCAAGAGGUCAAGCAACCUUAGGUGGACAUGCUGCACCAGUCAAAAAGGCUCUAGGGAAUGAAGAUCUAGACUAUUUUUGGAGUGGCUGCUGAAUGCUUUCGUCUCCUUGAAAUGCCGUCUUUUUUCUUGGUGCCCCAACUCUUGAGGACUCUCAGAUAACUUAUCGGUUGAAUUUCUUAAAUAAUACGUGCAAGUAGGAACGACAGGGUCAUGCAACUCACAGCAAUGUCUUUAUCCAGGAUGGUUGUGAAUGCAGAAUAACAUCAGGAUUCACUUCUCAGAGAUGGCCAAGACAGAGCAGACCCAGCAAGCUCGGGGUCCUCAUGUCUGAGAACCGUCACGGAGAGCAUGUCAUCACCAGGAGAUGAUGUUACUGUCCCUCCCCACUGUGGGAGCCAUCGCGGCCAGGUCCCCUGCAUGUCAGCAUGGCAGCCACAAACCUGGAGAACCAGUUACACAGCGCACAGAAGAACCUCUUGUUCCUUCAGCGGGAGCACGCCAGCACGCUCAAGGGGCUGCACGCGGAGAUCAGGCGGCUGCAGCAACACUGCACAGAUUUAACGUAUGAGCUGACAGUCAAGAGUUCGGAUCAGACAGGGGACGGAGCUUCCAGAAGCAGUGAACUCAAGAAAAGAUGUGAAGACCUGGAGGCGCAGCUGAAACUGAAGGAGGAAGAGAACGCGGAGCUGCUGAAGGAGCUGGAGCAGAAGAACGCGAUGAUCACCGUGCUGGAGAACACCGUCAAGGAGCGCGAGCGCAAGUACCUGGAGGAGCUGAAGGUCAAGAGCCACAAGCUGGGAGUGCUGACCGGCGAGCUGGAGCAACGCGCCGGCGCCGUCGCCUACCUGACCUCGCAGCUGCACGCCGCCAAGAGGAAGCUCCUGAGCUCGGGCGGCGCCUCGGACGGCGGCCCCGCGCUGGCCAGCUACAAGCCGGCGCCGCCCAAGGACAGGCUGCCCGAGACGCCCCGGCGCCGCAUGAAGAAGAGCCUCUCGGCCCCGCUGCACCCGGAGUUCGAGGAGGCCUACAGAUUCGGGGCCGAGAGCCGGAAACUGCUGCUGCGCGAGCCGGUGGACGCCAUGCCAGACCCCACCCCGUUUCUGCUGGCCAGGGAGUCGGCCGAGGUCCACCUGAUCAAGGAGCGGCCCCUCGUCAUCCCCCCCAUCGCCUCGGACCGCAGCGCCGGCGAGCAGCCCAGCCCCGCGCGCGAGAAGCCUCACAAGGCGCACGUGGGCGUGGCGCACCGCAUCCACCACGUGGCCCCAGCGCAGGCCCCGCCCGAGGUGGAGACGCUGGCGGUGGACCAGGUGAACGGAGGCAAGGUGGUCAGGAAGCACUCAGGGACGGACAGAACUGUGUGAGCGCCCCCCCCCACCCCCCGCGACCCUCCACCCCGCUGUCGAGGCACUGUGAUCCCCACUAGGAAAACACUUCAUCCGCACCUCCUCUUUUGCUUUUUUUUUUAAAUCCCCAUGCAUGCCAAAUUUAUUUCACACUGUCAACAGAUUAUUCUCCUCCUGCUCCUCCUCUGGCCCUCUGACUUGACACCGAGACACGAUCUUGCCCCUGCCGCAGAAUCCGUAUUUACUAAUCGCUGAGGCCAAACACCUGUGUGCCCACUCGCUUGCUUCCAGCCCCGCUCCGCGGAACCUCCGCGCACGCGCGCGCGCACAGCCGGGCCGCAGGCCGCGUUCCUGCUCGACGUUAACGAAAUUAUCCGAUAGUCACACGCCUAAUUCUGAAGUCCGAGCAACGCAUUUCGGCCUUGACCUCACGCCUUUGGUUUCCGGGGCGGCCUUUCCGGAAAAGCUCUGCGCCCUCCUGGAGACCCCCCUGACACACCCUCCCCGGGGGCGGCACAGAUAAGCCGAGCAGUUGUAUGUUAUGUCACAGGAACUAAAUAAGAUGACAUUACUCCUCAUAUCACCACCACCUGAAUGUGUGUUCAUAUUUUUUGUUGUUAGUUUUAUCCAAAAUGUUCAAGAUCCCAACAAACUUUAUUUUCUAAACCUGC